CUCUAGCUGAGGAAGGGAAGAUUGUCCACCACCUAGGAAUAUUAUAUUCCCCACAGACCAAAAAACUGGAAAAAACAAACAUGGAAAAUAAAAAGAUAAAAGUUACGGUGCAGGGCCUAAAUAACCUAGUACCGGCGACAAGUGUUGAUCUACUCGCGAGUCACGUGUCGUCGUCAUGCAAUCGUGAGCAAAAUACUACUACGGAAGUGGGUACCUUGGCCUCCGUGACGAACAAUGCAUCAAGUUUACAGUAUGCCAUUGGCAAAAACAUAGGAGUGAAAGAAAAGGAUGUACUCGGAGAGAGCUCUAAGCUACCUCAGCCUUUAAAUAUAGGUGAGGGUUCCGACUCUGAAUCCUCAGAUGAUAACAACAACACCAUUAUAGCAAAUCCCAAGAAGGAUGAAGAAGAGCAAAUGGUGAAAGAGUAGACCAGCAGAGUAAGAUAGAAGAUCUGGUGAACAAUAAGAUAGUGGACCACGCAAUCGCUUCAAAGGGCAAACAACCAAUAGAGAGCGUGAGCUGCGAGUUCAGCAUGGGCGUGAUGUUGAUGAGGUUGGCAUCCCACCCUAAAGAACUUGGUGGAAAGCAUCCCUCCUCCCUGGGACGGCGCUAAGCUGGGACUGGCAAGAAUCGACAAGAAUUCCAUGGCUAAUCUUGCCAAGAAUAAAGGUAUGGUUUACUUCGCCUCUAAAGCUGUCAUAUUCAAAAUUGGGAAGGUGCCGAUUGGAAGGGCUGUUACGGUAAGCCCCGAAUAGGACGCUAAAAACCCUAAGAUCACAGCAUCAGUAGCCACUACUGACAAGGUUGAGGAGUCAAAUACUAAAAUCGACUAACUCCUAUGGGCUGACCCUGAUGAGAGCAAGACGAAAAAUCUUCUCAAAAUGAGCAAGUCUGAAGUUAGUAUGAUGAUGAUUCAGAUGAAUGUAGAGCACGUGAAGAUGACAGUGAAACUCAG